AUGAGGGAUCCGGACAGUACAGAAGGUGGACAGGCGCUGCAACCUCCUCCUCGCCUAUAUGAGCGGCUUUCCCAACUAAGCGGCUACACAUGGGAUCAAUCGAUCCAACCAUUUCACUCGACUUACGACAACUGGCACGUCUUUGGUCUCAAACAUUUGAGCCAUGAGACCUCAGGCGGCUCUUCUUUCCAAGGCAUUGCAAGAACAAACUCGACCGCGAGCUCGCCUCGUCUCGGCCCACGAAUUUCACUCAGACAUCACCGCACUGGAAGCCAAGGCACUCAAGGUACAGCAGGAACCAAUGAUCUGGGAUCGUUACGAUUAGAUGGGGAGAGAACAUAUACUCCGGUUGUUGCUCGGAUCUCGACCCAUAUCUUGCGCAUCGAACGCGAACAUCAUCUUUGCAAAAGCUUCAUACAGACUUCGGACCCAGACAUUGUACACACUGUCAAACCAUUGGACCUCGUCAUGUUGCCAAGCCAUCAAGGAGACGAGGCAACACUUAUUGUGUCGAUAUUCGAAUCACCAGGAAGAAAUUAUGUGAAAGAUCUGUUGGAUCUUGGUCCUGCAUUUCUCGCUCCGAGAUUCCCUGAUGGAAGUGAUGUCUUUGGAAAAAGCGAUGCUACCGAAUCUCAAGGCCGUGUGUCCCUGUCGACGUUCCUUGAUUUUGCGAUUGGUGCUUGCGAGUGUCUUGAGCUCCUACAUUAUGGAUCGAGAGUCGUCCAUGGAGAGCUUAGGGCUGACGCGUUUCACUUCAAUCGUGACAACGGGGUUGUCAAACUCAUCAAUUUUGGCUCCGGACCACGGUCAUUCGAGAAUGGCUUGACAAGUAGUGGGUGGAUGACAUUAUCACGCGAAAUUGGGGUCAACUACAAACUCCAGCAUGUCGCCCCAGAGCAGACUGGGCGGAUGCCUGCGGAGCCAAACUCGAGAACUGAUAUAUAUGGACUCGGGGUGCUGUUUUGGAUCAUGCUUACUGGAAGGCCUCCAUUCCAAGCCGAGAUCCCAAUCGACAUCAUACAGGCGGUACUUGGUCGCAGGAUCCCUCUAGUCUCGUCCGAGCGCAUUGAUAUUCCCGAUGUCAUUGCUAAAAUCAUUCAGAAGAUGACCCAGAAGCAAAUGGAUGACCGAUAUCAUUCAACGAGUGGGUUGAAGUAUGAUCUUGUCGAGGUGCAAAGGCUGCUUGGAGAAGGCGACAAUGACGGACUCGCAGAAUUCAGCAUUGGGUCUAAAGAUGUGUCAUCAAUUUUUGUGCUUCCGACGUACAUUGCUGGGAGAAACGAAGAGCGUGAUAGGAUAGUCCAAGUGAUCGAAAAGGUCGCGAAGUGGCAGGAAUCGUCUGAAGACAGAGGUAGACUCGGUGUCUAUGCUUUUGGCUCAACCUCGGGUACCUCGGCCAUGAGUGAAGGUUUUGACGGUCUUGAGACUGGCACUAAGUCCAGUGAUACAAGCUCGAUAGCCGGCAGAAAUUCAGAAAGCAGCCCAGCCCUAGGUCCAUAUUCCUCAACCCAAGUACUUGUGCAUAGCCCCCAUGACAACACUGUUGGCUCCAGUGCGGCACCAGUUGAAAAGCCUCCUCUUGAAGCCAAUGACAGCAACGAAUCCAUUCAGACCACGAUCACGCUAGAGACGCAGAAAAGUGGCCUCAGGCCAGACAGCUCUGGUAUGCAACACCAUGGACCAAUCCAGACCCCAAGACGUCAGAGUAGCCAUAAGUCUUUACGAAGACAUCGUUGUGAACUUAUAUCUAUCACUGGCGCAGCUGGCGCUGGGAAGUCAAGUUUGAUCCAAAGUACGCAAGCUGACAUUCGCACGUUGGGCUAUUUUGCUUCCUCGAAAUUUGAUCCAGCAAGAAAAGCACCAUUUGAACCUCUCCUACGAGCGAUGGGAUCCUUGUUCCGACAGAUAUUCUCCGAGAGCGACGUCAAUAGCGAAUACCAUAAUAUGGUGCGCAAGCACAUCCGUAGCUUGUGGCCUACGACUUGCAGCAUGCUGGAUAUACCAGAGAGUUUGAUAUCGACAGACGUGCAGUACACUCACAAGCUUACAAGCUUCUCCUCGCAGCAGGGGCUCAACGGAUCCCGGAGAGGCGAAAUCGGCGACAACAGCAGCGCACGUAGUGCCCUCAGUGGCAAUAUGAGCGCUGGAAAUCAAACAGGCUCUGACUUCCUUCGCGAAGGGGCAAAUCCCCGAUCACUAAAAUUCAUGACUAUCUUUGUGGAAGUUCUGCGCAUCCUCUCUACCAACAAGUUGAUUUGCCUGUGUCUCGAUGAUAUCCAAUUCGCGGAUGAAGAAAGCUUGGAUUUGAUCUCCCACGUCAUAUUUAAGAAGCUAGGGAUAGUAAUCAUAACGACGUGCCGAGACGAGGAAACGCUCUCAAGGCCUGUCGAAUCCGUGCUGAGGAACAAAGCCGCCAACCUAACAAUGAUCAAGUUGUCACCCCUGAGCGAACAAGACGUUGUUAAUUAUGUAUCUGCAACAAUCUUUCGACCACCGGAGUAUUGCCUACCCUUGGCAGCGGUCUGCUUAGAAAAGUCGAGUGGAAAUCCCUUCUACCUGAGACAAAUGCUGGAAGUCUGUCAUCGAAAAAGCUGUAUCUGGUACUCGUGGAAGGAAUCCAUGUGGGAGUAUGACCUUGACAGGGUUUUUGCCGAAUUUGUGUCCGAUUCUUAUGGUGAACAACUAAAUACGGAUUUCAUCACAAAGCAGUUGCUAGACCUACCGCAAGCUGCGCGUUCCAUUCUUGCUUGGGCCUCUCUCUUGGGGACCACUUUUUCUUUCAAAUUAACACAGAGACUCUUAAGUGGCGAAUUCGAUUAUCUCGAUAGCGAUGGGAUGAACGAGGAAGACGACUGUCCAAAGGUCGCGGAGCUUUUCACUCCACAACCAACAAAGAACGUAGUGGAGGGCCUACAGGCAACCCUUCAGGCAUACGUUCUUAUGCCUGGCAGCAACGAGGACGAGUUCAGUUUCUCACACGAUCGAUAUGUUCGAGCGUCGGCGUCUCUGAGAGAAUGUCACGACGUAGAGAAGAUGCAUUUCAUCAUAGUCCAAACAAUGAUGAAAUAUUUGGACUUAGAUAGUGCUUCUUUGUACGAUCGUGCUCGACACAUCUGUCAAUGUGCCAGCGUCAUCAGGGAUCGUGUGGCAUACCGUCACCGCUUCCGGGCCCUAUUAGCCGAAGCUGCUGAGAGGGCAAUCAAGUCUGGCGCUCGACCAACAGCUUUACAGUAUUACGAGUCAUGUCUUGCUUUGAUGCAGCCGGAACCUUGGAAAGAGGGAGCACAUGACGCGUACUAUGACGAGACACUCAGUCUGUAUACCAAAGCUGCUGAGCUUUAUUGGCAUCAGGAUCAAGUUAUCGAGGCUCAAAAUUUGCUCGACUCUAUUUUUGCGGGUGCGCGUACAGCCAGCGACAAGGCUCCUGCUUGGAUCUUGCAGUCCAAGUUGUUUGCACAAGCGGGGAACAUGGCGGGGAGCUUCAGCUCGCUGAAAACGUCUUUGCUUGAAUUAGGUGUUGACCUAUCUGACAGUCCAACUUGGGCGUCCUGUGAUAAAGAGUGUCACGACUUGCGCGUACUGGUACAAGAAGCGAAGUUCGCGGAUCUCAAUAGCAAGGCGCUGGACGCAGAUUGCAACAUGGUGGCUCUAGGUGCAGUGUUAAUGGAGGCAACGAGCGCAGCUUUUUGGAGCAAUACCAUAUUGUUCUAUCAGCUGGUACUCAAGAUGGUUGAGACUCAUAUGACCCAUCCGAGCACGUUCUCCCAAGUCGGCCUUGGUUUCUCAUAUUUUGCCCUUGUGUGCAUCAGUCGAAGUGACGAUUUCCCAUUUGGCCUCCAGAUGCAUGAUUUAUCGAAACAGCUUUUGAGCCAACAUGGAGAUCCGUACACGCUUGGCCGAGGAUUGGCAGUCUCUGCGCUCUUCAUCGCGCAUCUGUUCACGCCCAUACGAGAUCACCUUGAUUCCCUGGAGGAAGCAAUUGAUCAGUCCCUUGUGUCCGGAGACAAGCAUGUGUAUCUUCUCUCCGUGGGAAGUAUCGCCCUUCGGCGCCUUUACAUCGGUGACAAUUUAGCGAACAUCGAGUUGUUCUGCUCGGUAGGAGCGGAGGACUUUGGUGAUUGGGCUUCAGACAUGAGAGGUGGUGUAUUCCUGACUGCAACACGUCAAGUUGCCCGUUCGCUCCAAGGAAAGACUUAUACAGAAUCUCCGGAAAUGGUAAUGUCCGAUGAGGAGCAUAGUACAGCGAACUAUAUGGAGUUGAUUGACGCACGUUCCUCCAAUGUUGAAAGACCUCGAAAUAUCUACAACAGCCUGCAAAUGAUUCCGCUUUACCUUUACGGACACUACCAAAAGGCGAUUCAACUCAGUAACGAGAUUGCAACCAGCAUUCACCAACUGUGGAGUUUGCGGAUCUCUCGGCUUACCCUCUUCUACGCUUCACUAUGCUAUGUCGCACAACUUCGCGAGGGCAACAGUGAUCAAGAUCGCGACACAACCCUUACCAAGGUCAGACAGUACAAAGCACACAUAGCUCAAUGGCAAAUUCAGUGCAAUGCUAAUUAUCUCAUGUGGGAGCUUUUGAUUGAAGCUGAAUUGGCUGAUAUAGAGGGCCAUUAUGGCGAGGCAAUCCAGUCGUACGAGGCCGCGAUUGACCAUACACAACUCUACGACUUCCUACUCGAACAUGCUCUGGCCUUGGAAUUGCAAGGCGAAUUCUAUGUUCGGCGAGGAGCCAGGCGAGCUGCGCGUGCUAUUUUGAAAGAAUCAUUAACAAUGUAUUCGCGCAUCGGUGCAACUGGGAAAGUGGACCAGUUGGCCGUAAAGCACGAAUGGGUACUUCGAGCAUCAACAACGACACAGACGAGGGACGUUGCUGUACAGACGGCGGAUGCUAUCGGCGACAUUGGCAAUACACAGUUCCGCAUCGAGGAGAAUGAGCGUCAAGAAACAAGGAAUCUGGGCAAAGAAACCGCUGGUGAUAGAACCCAAGCUUGGGUCUCCCCAACAGCUACUGAUGGCCGUGCGAAGAUCGUCGAUCAGGACGUCUCUGAUUUGGGGCUUGAUGUUCUCGACCUGCAGAGUAUCUUGGAGUUCAACCAGGCGAUAUCCUCUGAACUACAGAUAGAUCGCCUCUUAGCUACAAUGACGGAGAUCAUCCUGGAAUCUGCAGGUGCCCAAGCAGACUUUGCCGCAGUCAUCAUCGAAGGUGAUAAUGGUUGGUGCAUCGCUGCAAGUGGGACAUCAGAAGGCAUAUCUGCUGAGGCCCAGCCAAUAACCGAGAUUCGGAAUGAAGCCCAAAAACAGGUACUCCUCUACACAAUGCGAUUCAAAGAGGCUGUCUUCGUCCAUAACCUGGCCCACGACGAGCGUUUCCUUACCAAUGCGUCGGCCAAGUCCGUGAUCUCGCUACCCAUUGUUAGAGGGAAAGAUCUGCUCGGGAUUUUGUAUCUCGAAGGCCAAUCCAAUUCUUUUACCGACCGCAAUCUAGGUGUACUCCGACUUUUCUGCAACCAGGUCGGCAUCUCUAUCGCCAACGCCUUGCUUUUCAAGCGCAUUGCCAAAGUAUCGGCCUCAAACACGAGCAUGAUAGAGAGUCAAAAGCGUGCACUUGCGAAGGCUAGAGAGGCAGAAAUCAAAGCCAAAAACGCAGAAGCCGAGGCCAGGGAGAACGUCAGGUUGAAAGAGGAAGCUGCUAAAGCUAAGAGCAUCUUCCUUGCUAAUGUAUCGCACGAACUUCGCACCCCGCUCAACGGCGUCAUUGGUAUGUCCGAAUUGUUGAAAGAAACGCCCCUCAACAACGACCAAAAGGAGUUCGCAGAUUCCAUUCGGGUUUGCGCCGAUACACUCUUGAUUGUCAUCAAUGAUAUACUUGACUAUUCGAAGCUAGAGGCUGGGAAAUUGAAACUUUACUAUUCCCCUUUGAACCUCAAAGAGACCAUACUGGAGGUUGUCCGGGCCUUGAUCUAUACGAACCAUGAGCGAGGACUCGAGACCAAGAUGGACCUAGAUCUAGACCCCGAAUUACUGGUUUUGGGCGAUCCCGUGAGGCUACACCAGUUGUUCAUGAACACAAUGAGCAACAGCUACAAGUUCACGAAGAAGGGAUCAGUCCAUGUUAGAGCAAAGCGGGAAUACGAGGAUAGCGAAAGUCUUACGGUCACUUGCUCGGUUGCCGACACCGGCAUCGGAAUUACUCAAGACCAAGUAUCUCGACUGUUCACGCCAUUUGCCCAAGCCGAUAGCAGCACUCAACGUGAAUUUGGUGGUAGUGGACUUGGUCUUUCCAUCUGCAAAGCGCUCAUCGAAGUCAUGAAUGGAAAAAUAUCUCUGGAGAGUCAAGUGGGUGUCGGUACGACCGUUUAUUUUACCAUCACAUUUCCAAAAGCAGCGAAAACGGCUACGAAGGGCCGUGCUCCAAUAGCCGCUCAAGCACCAGACGCAAUGGCCAUCUGGUCUUCUGAGGGGGGAUCAUCGUCAAAAUCGUCCUUUUUCAACCUCUCACAGAUCCCGCGGAAAGAACUUCGAAUAUGCAUAGCGGAGGACAACCCCAUCAAUCAAAGAAUUGCAGUCUCCUUCGUUUCCAAGCUCGGCUUCAAAUCAGAAGCAUACAAUGACGGUUUACAAGCAGUCGAAGCGCUUCGCCAGCGUUCAUCUGAGAAGAACCCUUUCCAUCUCGUUUUGAUGGAUGUUCAGAUGCCCGUGCUAGACGGUUACGACGCGACCAGACUCAUACGCAUGGACGAGGACCCCGUGGUACGAGGGGUGUUGAUCAUUGCCAUGACAGCUAGCGCCAUUCAAGGCGAUAAAGAGAAGUGUCUAGAAGCGGGGAUGAACAACUACUUGGCCAAGCCUGUGAGGGCCGCUGUGCUCAAAUCCAUGCUGGAAGGCUACCUAAACCAAGCUGAUCAACCGAUGCCUGACCUGCAGGGCACCGCCCACGACCUAGCCUCGAAAGUCAUCGAGAGAGCCCAGAACGAGAACAAAAAGUCUUCACAUCCCACAAGACCCAGCUUCCAAAAGCGCAUGAGUUCGCGGAAUGCUAUACCAUAUCACGGCAAAGACCCGCAAGCUCUAUAUUCUCCCAACGAUGACGCCGCAUUAACGCCGCGACCUACGCUCCUCCAUCGAUCUUCCGGGAACUCAAUAACCCACAUGACGACCCAGGACGGACUCGCCAGUACUAUUGAGGAGGACGGGAAGGUCCCGCCGCUGUCUUUGACAGAUGGAGCAGCUGAAAAACCCUCUCGGCAAUGA